AAUUUUCAGAUUCUCUCAGUCAAAUAUCGUAAUGAGAACGAUAUUGAAGCGCAGAUAGUGAGUCGACCGUUAAACAUACUCAGCGCAACCUCAAAGUAGUAGUCGUAGAUGAACCGCUGCCCAGUACAAGUGUUCGCGAAUAUUAAAUUGUAAAUAAAAAAAAGUCAUAGUAUAAUUUUUUAGAGGCAAAUUAAAUUCAAAUCUUAACAUGUCGUCGGAAACUCAGCAGAAUGGAGCAAAAGAAGCAAAAGCGGAAACAAAUAACGGCGUCGAAAAUGGCUUUAAAAACCCCAAGUGGUUGACGGCAGAGUUGUUUGAAAAGUUUUUGAUUGAGUCUAUUCCAAAUUAUCGAAAAAUCAAAAACUUCGAGGCUAAGCCCGGACUGGCGGCUGGUGAGAAUUAUGCAACGAUUAUGCUGCGAGUGCUCAUAGAUGUGGAACUAACGGAUGGCUCAACAAAGUCGUUAUCGUAUAUGUUGAAAUUACCACAAGAAAAUGAAAUGUUCCAGAAUAUGAUGCGGGAACAUAACAUUUUCGAAAUCGAAUAUCGGAUGUACCACGAAAUUCUUCCUGAAUUCAAACAGUUAUAUCAGGAUGUCGGCGUAGAUGCUUUGCUUUCCGCAAAAUGUUAUAACAUUGAAACACCUUCCGAAUUCGGCGUAAUUUUGCUGGAAGAUCUGAGUCCAUUGGGGUAUAAGAAUGCCAACCGAUUAGAAGGUCUUGACAUGGAACAUACAAAGGCGGUGCUGGAACGUUUAGCACAGUGGCAUGCGGCGUCGGCAACACGAGUCGCUCUUAGAGGUCCAUAUCCGGAGUUGUUCGUAGCAGGCAUGUUUACCGAAACGCAACGCGAACCAAUGGAAAAGUUCAGCGCUACGAUUACGCCCUCAUUUUUGGCGUCGGUUAAAACCAUAAAAGGCAGUGAAACUUAUAUGCCCAGCUUGGUGAGCACCAUGGAUAAACUGACCGACGUGCUAUUCAACGUUGCUGAAUUCGAUCCAGACGAUUUCAAUGUAUUAAAUCAUGGCGAUUGUUGGAGCAACAACAUCAUGUUUAAAUAUGAUGACAAUGGCAAAAUCGAGGACACAUUAAUCAUUGAUUACCAAAUGAUAAACUAUGGUUCUCCAGUCAAGGACUUACUAUACUUUUUACUAUCGUCGACAGCAUACGAUUUGAAAAUAGAAAAAUUUGAUUACUUUAUCAAAUUUUAUCAUGACAAUUUAGUGAAGCACUUGCAACUUUUGAAGUAUCCUAAAAAUUUGCCCACACUGAAAGAAAUGCAGAUAGCUACGAUAAAAUAUGGGUCUUGUGGCCUAUCGGCAGCUAUAGGCGUUAUGGCAGCAGCUUUAUUAGAAUCAAAUAGUGAUGCUAAUAUGGACGGUUUUGUCGGCGAAUCGGCUGCCGCCCAGCGAUUUAGGACUGCGUUAUACUCAAAUCCCCGCUAUCUUAAACAUAUGGAAAUGGUAAUGCCGUGGCUGAACAAUCGCGGUGCCUUCGAAUGGAAGAGGUACAUACUCCAUAUAUACUCUAUAUAUUCCUUCAGUUUUAUUUUUUUUUUUGCGCUUAUUGAAGAAGUGAUAACAAUUUUCGCAAAAUUUGAUCAGUUCAAAAAGUGCCCUUGCCGUGUAACUCUAUUUGAAAAUUGUGUUGCAAUCGCAAAGAUAAUGGUAAAGACUUAUGAAACUGAAAUGGACUCUCCACCAAAUGGCAAUGUCAUCGCUGUUGAGGCCAACAAUUUGCCCAAAUGGCUGGAAACGGUAACUUUUGAAAAUGCCGCUCGCAAAUAUGUCGGCGAAAACUUUGAGAAAAUUGUCAAGGUGCGCUUCGAGAGUGAUUCUAACAACAGCGCUAAUUAUUCGUCGCUACUGUUGCGACUUAAUCUGGAUGUGGAGCUUAAAGAUACCACCACGAAAACAUUGAAAUUCGUUCUAAAAGUUCCGCACAGUAAUGAAAUAAUGUCGAAAAUAUUAAUUUUAUUAAAACUGUUCCCAAAGGAAGAGCAAAUGUACCAGAGUAUUUUACCAAAAUUCGAAGAACUCUAUAAGCAAGUGGGUUGUGAUAUUAAAUUUGCUCCCAACGCCUAUCAAUUCGAUCGAGAUAUAGGGUUGGAUUAUGUUUUACUUGAAGAUUUGCUUCCAAGGGGUUAUAAGAAUGCCAACCGCAUCAAAGGACUAGACAUGGAGCACACUAAGCAUGUGCUCCGGAAAAUGUCCGAACUGCACGCCGUCUCCGCAUGUUAUGUCGAACAUUUCGGCAUGUUCCCUGAAGAAUAUACUGUUGGAAUUUAUGCAAAGAAUAAUAGGGAGCUACUUAGGGAGUUUAAUGGGUCCAGUGCGUUUUUGGCGCAGUUAAAAAAAUGGAAGAAUGGUCAAAGCUAUUAUGAGAAGCUGGUUGACAGCGACAACUAUUUGGUGGAUCGUCUGCUACAGGAUCAGGUGUAUAAUCCAAGCGAAUUCAACGUUCUUAAUCACGGCGACUGUUGGGUGAACAAUAUUCUUUUCAAAUAUAAUGCCUUUGGUCAAAUUACGGACACACGUUUUAUUGACUUCCAAGUGGGCAAAUACGGAUCGCCGGCAAACGAUCUAUACUAUUUCAUAUUAUCCUCCACAGCCGCCGAUAUCAAAUUGUCACAAUUUGAUUAUUUAGUACGUUAUUAUUUCGACAAUCUCGUAGAAAAUUUGAAACUAUUACAAUAUCAUCGACCGCUGCCAAAACUGCGGAACCUUCAUUCCGUACUGCUGAAAAACGGACUAGCAGCCUACUUAGUGGUGUCUAAGGUGCUGCCGGUCGUCUUGUUGGAGAAAAGUGGUGGUAAUGAAAGCAUGGAAAAUGGCGCACAAGCCGAGAAUAAACUGAAGCUUGCCAUGUACACAAAUCCAAAAUAUGUUGAGGCAAUGUCAACUAUCUUACCCUGGUUGGAUAAUCGCGGUUUGCUUGACUGGAGACUAUGAAAUUUGUGUAGCAAAUCAUUAGCUAUUGUACUUUCACACACCCAUUUAAGUGCAAAUAAUUAACUCUGCCUUCUGCAUUUACUAUACUUUUGAGUUUUUGAUAAUAAAACGUUAACUUGAAACGCUCACGUG